AGGUUUGAUAUGGGAAAACAAGAAGAGAUAAAUCCAGAGAUCGUUUAUGGAAAUGUUUUGAAAUUUUAUCAGGCCGGUGAUUUUGAAAAAGCACUGUCUAAUGCUCGGAAGAUUGGGAGGCAAUGCAGAGAUGAUAAAAUAGCACAAGAAUGCAUAGCAAUCUGCUGUCUUCAAUUGGACCGGUUUGAUGAUUGCCUGGAUGUAAUAGAUAAAAAGAAGCUCAAUCUGCGCUUUGAGAAAGCGUACUGUUUGUACAGGAUGAAUAAGACAAUCGAAAGUCGAGAAGUAUUGACGAAGGCUACGGACUUAGACACCCGAGAAAAGGAGUUACUAGCUCAAAUAUUUUAUCGCCUCGAACAAUUUGAUGAUUGCAUAGAGGUUUAUGAAGACUUGAUCAAAAAUGUUCACGAUGAUCAUGACGAAGAAAGAUUGAGCAAUUGCGCCGCUGCGCUCGCCGCUAGGGAACAAAGUAUUGCGGAUGGAAAAUUUCCGCAGGUGGCUAAAGCUAUGUUUAAUCAGGACAGCGGUGUUGCGUACGAGCUCUUAUAUAACGAAGCAUGUGGAUAUGCGGCAUGUGGUGACUUCGAAAAAGCGGAAAAGUUGCUUCAAAACAGCGUAAAAGAGUUCACGGCAACAAACGAAGAAGACAUGACUGAAGAAGAACUGAAUCAAGAAUUAGCGAUCAUUCGCAGUCAGCUGGGUUAUGUUCUGCAAAUGAAAGGAAACACUGACGAAGCUCUUGAAGUUUUCAACCAGACUGGCAAAGCCGCAAGUGACGAUCCAGGGACUUCAGUGACAAUUGCCAGCAAUUUAAUAACUCUGAAUAAAUCUGCGACGGUGUUUGAAAACAAGAGACGUGUAAAAACUAUAACAGCCCCUGCAAAUCGACAGAAAUUGUCAUCUGUGCAAAAGAAAUUGAUUGAUUACAAUAUCAGUCUGUUUUAUCUAAACAAUAAUCAAGUCGAUGCUGGCAGAAAAGGUUUGCAAGAUUUCACAAAUAAUUAUCCCAAUGAUUCGAAUCUGCUACCACUGCUUACAACUGCGGUUAUGGUUCGAGACAAGAAAUAUAAGGACGCAGUUUCUUAUCUCGCCAAUUUUCCAAAUCUGGAUCUGCUAGUUGCCCAAGUUUACAUGCAACAGGGAAACAUGACCGAGACUGCGAAUUCUUUAAAAACUUGCAAAAAUAAAAACGACUUGGCGAUCGUUUCUGCAUUAGUUUCUUUGUAUCUUUCUUUCGAAGAAGUGUCAUCAGCUGAAGAAAUAAUUAAGCAGUUUUUGGCAUCUAACCAAAACCAGGCAAAAGAGCAAAAGGCUCUUAUUUUGAGAAGUAUCGCGGAAGAACUGAUUGAGAGAGAAAUGUAUACCAGAGCAAUUGAGUACCUGGAACAAUUGCUCCAGAUAUUGGGUCCUCAAUCAGACAUUUUAGCCCAACUAAUUACUUGCAGUUCUAAAGUCGACACAAAGCUGGUCAAGAAAUACAGCGAAAAUCUGGUCUCAAUCGAGCAACUAGUUGGCGAAUGCGAUGUUGAAGAGUUGUCGAAGACCUCUGAUAUGUUCCUGUCAAAUAAGUACGCCCUGAAGAAAGCAGGUAAAGCUGCUACUAAUCAAGGAGCGGACAAUGAACUAGCUAAGAAAAAGAAAAGAAAGAAGAAACCCAGACUUCCUAAAACCUUCGACCCUAACGUCCAGCCGGAUCCCGAACGCUGGCUGCCAAAAUGGGAAAGAAGUGCGUUUAAGAAAUCGAGGAAGAAGAAAGACAAGCAUGAUGUUGGCAAAGGGACUCAGGGAGGAACAUCUGGAGGUUCUGUGUACGACCACUCGGGUCCGAAAGCCCAGGCAGCUCAAGCCGCAUCAAGUGCGCCUGAUUCGCCGAAGGUGACUUCAGGUGCUAGACCGAAAACAGCUCAGUCGAAGCGCAGAGGAGGAAAGAAACGGUAAACUUCGGUUUGCAAUGAAUUAAUUGAGUUUUUGAUUUCAAAGCUAGGAAUUAAGUUUAAUCAGUAAUUGAAGUUUGCUGUAUUUUUGAUUUCUUAUUUAAAUAAGUGUUAUUAAUGGU